GAAGAAACGGCCGCCACAACGGAUAGGCCCAGAGAUCUCCUGCUGAUACAGCAGGCCAAGCCCGCCGGCGGCAACAAAUCCUCGAGCGGCGGACCAACGUACAUCGGUACCGAUGCCGCAACGGCAGCGGCGGUUGCCAAUCUGCGCAGCAAGGUGCCCUCCAUCUCGAUAAUCCCGCUGCCCGUCUCCACCACCAUUGUGGUGCGAAGUGGUGGCGCUGCUUCUGGAACUGCCACUGGUGGUAAUGGCAAUGGUGGUGGUAGUGGUGCACCUUCAGCCUUGCCCCAGUUGAUCCAAUCGGGAAGGAGUGUGUCCGUUUCCACCAAGUCAACGGGUACUUCGCCACCUUUAGCCUUCAUUUCGGAAGGUUCUGGAUUAUCAACUACAUCGGGUGCCCCCGCCUUGGCUCCAUUGCCACGCCCUCAGCAACAGCAUCAAUACCAGCAGACCGACAAAUGCACCGUCCUCAAACUGGACGUACUGAAGCCGCAGACCGGCGUGGCAACAAAUUCCAGCUCUAGUACCUACCUGCAAAUCGAACAGCAACUCAGCGAACUGGAGGCCGCCGACGAGGAGGAGGAGAACAUGGCCAGUUUGUUGGGCAGUGCGCCGCCCGCUCAAAUCCUGGCCAAUCAGCCAAUUAUCGUCAAGAUUGAGCCAACGCAAUCUUUUCAUCUGGUGGAUGAAGGUGAUACCAGGGUGUUGAGUUUACCCCUCAGUGAUGCGGAUAAGCUGGGUGCCAGUUGGAUAGAUCUGAAGGAUAUAGCUGGCCUACAGGCGGGCGGAGGAGCCACCUUGCUGGACGUUUGCUUUGAGCAGGCCAACGAGGAGGGCACUAUCAUAGGCACUGUGCAAUCGGACAUGGACACCGAUCUGGAGGCUGAACUGGAGGCGAAGGGUGAGCUAGAGGAUGAGACUGAACCAGAGCCACCGGCACCCAAAAGAUUGGCCACCAGUAGGACCUUACAAUCGCGGCCACAACAGCAGCAGCAGCAACAGCAGCAGCAGCAGGUUAAAUUCCUAUCGGAUCCUCCGGCCUUGGCACGUUCCAGCAGCUUCAGCAGUCUCAGUAGCUUCAGUAGCAUCAGCAAUAUCAGCUCCGUUUGCAAAAACAUGGCCAGCAAUACCAGCAACACCAGUCAAGACAGCAACCUGAAGCGAUCCAAGGAGCGAACGCCACCGCCAAUGCCACCGUUAACGGCACAGAAACCCGCUGCAACAUCAACAGCCACAUCAGCAACAUCGGCGACAUCGGCAGCCUCUGGAAAUGCAACAGCAACAUUGUCUAGGGACAACAGCAGAGAGCACAGCAACAGCAGCAGCAGCAAUGGAGCCAUGACAGCUCAAAUUGAGAUAAUUCCAUGCAAAGUCUGCGGCGACAAGUCAUCCGGCGUGCACUACGGCGUGAUCACCUGCGAGGGCUGCAAGGGAUUCUUUCGAAGGUCGCAGAGCUCCGUGGUCAACUACCAGUGUCCGCGCAACAAGCAAUGUGUGGUGGACCGUGUUAAUCGCAACCGAUGUCAAUAUUGUAGACUGCAAAAGUGCCUAAAACUGGGAAUGAGUCGUGAUGCUGUAAAGUUCGGCAGGAUGUCCAAGAAACAGCGCGAGAAGGUCGAGGACGAGGUGCGCUUCCAUAAGGCCCAGAUGAGGGCCCAAAGUGAUGCGGCACCCGAUAGCUCCGUUUAUGAUACACAGACGCCCUCUAGCAGCGAUCAGCUGCAUCACAACAACUAUAAUAGCUACAGCGGCGGCUAUUCGAACAACGAGGUGGGCUACGGCAGCCCCUACGGAUAUUCGGCAUCCGUAACGCCCCAGCAGACCAUGCAGUACGACAUCUCGGCGGACUAUGUGGACAGCACCACCUACGAGCCGCGCAGUACAAUAAUCGAUCCCGAAUUUAUUAGUCACGCGGAUGGCGAUAUCAACGAUGUGCUGAUCAAGACUCUGGCGGAGGCGCAUGCCAACACAAAUACCAAACUGGAAGCUGUGCACGACAUGUUCCGAAAGCAGCCGGAUGUGUCGCGCAUUCUCUACUACAAGAAUCUUGGCCAAGAGGAACUCUGGCUGGACUGCGCCGAGAAGCUUACACAAAUGAUACAGAACAUAAUCGAAUUUGCUAAGCUAAUACCGGGAUUCAUGCGCCUGAGUCAGGAUGAUCAGAUAUUAUUGCUGAAGACGGGCUCCUUUGAGCUGGCGAUUGUUCGCAUGUCCAGACUGCUAGAUCUCUCACAGAACGCGGUACUCUACGGCGAUGUUAUGCUGCCCCAGGAAGCGUUCUACACAUCCGACUCGGAGGAGAUGCGUCUGGUGUCGCGCAUCUUCCAAACGGCCAAGUCGAUAGCCGAACUCAAACUGACUGAAACCGAACUGGCGCUGUAUCAGAGCUUAGUGUUGCUCUGGCCAGAACGCAAUGGAGUGCGUGGUAAUACGGAAAUACAGAGGCUUUUCAAUCUGAGCAUGAAUGCGAUUCGGCAGGAGCUGGAAACGAAUCAUGCGCCGCUCAAGGGCGAUGUCACCGUGCUGGACACACUGCUGAAUAACAUACCCAAUUUCCGCGAUAUUUCCAUUUUGCACAUGGAAUCGCUGAGCAAGUUCAAGCUGCAGCACCCGAACGUCGUUUUUCCGGCGCUGUACAAGGAGCUGUUCUCGAUAGAUUCACAGCAGGACCUGACAUAACAAGAGCAGCAGCCGUUCCUGGAGACGACCGCGGGCGAGGAUGUUGCCGAGGAUGCGGCUGCCGCCGGAUGUGUCUUGCCGCCGGUGGCGCCCCCUGCCGGGCAGCAGCAGCCACCACGGCUGCUCGAGGACUGAGGGCCGCUGAAUGUGGCAACAAUAAUUAUUUGAGUAAAAACUGCAAACUGCACCGCGAGCAGGCAGCAGUUACAGAAAAACUUUAUCAUGAUUUAAGCUAGCAUACAACCAAGGAUGUGAUCCUCGCCAAGGACUCACUUAAAAACAAAAAAAACAAACAGAAAGUAAAAGAAAACACAGAACUCUAUCUAUAUAUACAUAUAUAUAUUAUAUAUGACAGAGCGGAUGACACGUAAAAGGGAAGGGAAAAUAUUUCAAAAAUAUUGUUAACUCAGUUAAGACUUUUGCUUCGUAGAGAACCGAAACCGAAACCGUAAACGAAAACGAAACUGAAACCGAAACCGAUUGCAUUUCGAGCAAGGGGCAUCAAACUCUGAUUUUCGAGGUUAUAUUUGUAUAUGUAACUCUCCCUACUCUCUCUCUCUCUCUCUUUCUCUCUCUCAUAUCUCCAGACCCGAGCAAAUCAGAUCGACUAAGUACUUAAAACCAUGCGAAAUUCUCUACACAGCCUGAAAAGCCUUUAGUCUACCCCAUUAAAAACAUAUUCAGUUCGGUUAAAUGUUAAUAUCCCCCCUAUAUAUAUUAUAUAUCCCGAUUCCGAACCCGCCUAGGUUGUCUUUGCCUUACGUUGUAACUAAAAUUAGUAUGUGUAUUAUAUAUACAGCGGAUGUAUAUGUAUAACUAUGUCUUAUCGGUUAUAUGCCUAACAACAAUUAUUUCUUUGUAAACAAACAAAAAUCGAAUAUCUCGGAAAAUGUGUUCUUAUAAUUAUAUUGAUUAAUGCAAUUACAAUAUAUUUACAAUUUACCGUUACGUUUUUACAUUUUACAUAAGACGAAUGAUGAUGAUGAUCAUGAUGAUGAAAGCAAACAGAUGUUUAAGGCUUAGGAAGAAAAAAACAAAACAUGAAAUAUAUAAGAACGAUGAGGAGAAGUAGCAGUUAAAACGUGAGCGAGAAAUCGAAAGAAAACCAGAAAAUUUCAAGCAAGCACAUAAAAGUAUGCAAUAUUUUGUUUAAAAACAACUUUUUAUUAGUUUCUUAAAUAUAACAUAAUUACGUACAUACACACACGUAUAUAUAGGGCUAUAUAUAUCUAUAUAUAUAUACAUAUAUAUAUAUAUACAUGAUAGACAAAUCCCAAUCCGGUUCCAAGGUUUAGUAAAAAAAAAAAAAGAAUAAAGUGAAAUAAAAUGAAAAACAAAACAAACUUUUGAUAUGAAAUCCUACGCAUAAUUACAAACUUUUAUUGUUUCUAAGACUUAAACUUAAACAAAAUAAAUGAAAACCAAAACAGACUGACGGACGGACCCCGACAGCAUGCCACGCCCCCCCAUCCCCCAUCCCUUCCUUCGCAGAUCCUGGCAGAAAUUAUUAAGAAAACGGAAAAAAUCUUGAAAAAUUAAAUUAAUAAAGACAAGCAACAAACGGCAACUUUUUUGGUUGAUACAUUUAAAUAUUUACAAUUAAAUAACUGACUGACUAUACAAAGACGUUACACACUCACACACACACAUAUACACAAACACCCAUUACACACACACACACACACAUGCUUACAUUAUAUAAAUUAGUUAAACUUAGAGUAAAUGAAACAAAAACAACAACAAACACAUUGGAUAGUAGGUGAUAAUUGGUGUGUCUUAAACAAAACCCAACCCCCUUUCCCCCAUGCCCCCGCCCACUUGCUUAUUACCCCUAAAAACACCCCCUAAAAAACACAUUUUUACUAAAUUUAAAGCUUAAUCAAAACAUUUUUUCGGUAAAUAUUCAAGAGGAAAUUUCAGCAGGCAGGCAUAAAUAUUAAUUAACAUUAAUUAUAGCAAGGAAAAUUAUAAAUAAAAUGUAUACAACAAAAACUAAAAAAAAAAAUCAAAUAAAUUACAUUUUGCAAAUUCCACAAAAAAAAAACAACAAACAACAAAAAUUAUUUUGCAAAUUCUCUGAAAAUCCUUUCCCCAACAAAACCAGGCGAGAAAUAUUUACACUAGCUAACAUAGAACUGGGACGAGGACAUCAAUAUUUCAAUUGAAACAAAAACAACAAGAACUAUGUUAAUAUAAUCAAUCGAUUUGGACAUAUUUAAGUUCGACAUUUUUGGCCUUACAAGAAAGAUAAAAAAACAAAAAGAAAGAAACCUAAAGUACUUUAUAUAUAUACAAACCAUAUAUACAAUAUAGAGAAUACAAAACUAGUUUUAAUUUAUACAAAGCAAGGGAGCAGCUUUCAAACUCAAAACACAAGUAUAUCCCCAAGGAAAAAACAAAAAAACAAAAACUUUGUUAAAAAAUUACCCAUAAUAAAGAAAUUCAUUAAAUAAACAGACGACACAAAGUUAAUCUA